AUGCCGCCACCUGCGGUACUGCGAAAGAGACACUCAUUAAGGGGGAAAGACAUUUUCCCUCUAAUUAAACGUGUCAGGGCAGCUGAGGAACCAGAUGGAACGCUGGCGAGAGUCAAAAUGAACACCCCUGUGGAGAGCAUGGGGCGAGAAGAGAUGAACGCCGCCUUUGAAGGUCUUACCGGCGAAUCAGCAGAGGAAUGUCUCCAGAUGGUUGGAGGGAGACAAGAAGAUGAUCUCAGAAAGCUCUUGCAUUAUACGAUCUUAUAUGCAAAUGAGGUCGGCCAACCAGAUGGCCAGGAUUUAGAGACUGAUGAAUCGGCAAGAACUGAGCCUUUGGCCAAGAAACAAAAGAAAUCGGAAGAGGGAUUAGAAAAGAGAAUCCAGGACCUAGAAAAGUCAAAAAAGAAUGAAGAAGAGGAAGAAAUCGGGAAUUUAAAAGCUAAGGUGAGGGGUUUGUGCAUGCAGACAGAACCAAGCCUCCCACUGAUUUUGGUCUGUAUAGAGGAGCUAGCAAGAACUGCACGGAAAUCUAAUUAUGAGGAGGCGGCUGUGUUUGAAGAGCUGUCAAGACAGGCUAAUUGUAAUAAGGAUAAAUUAGAUAUUCCAUCCUUUUGCAUGACUGUGCUUGGGGGGAAGGCGACUGAUGUCGUGAGUAAAGCCUUGGCAAAAGCUUUGAAAGUAAAGUCGGAGUCGGGGGAAGGUGGUUGCCAGGAAAAAGUUUCGGAGACACAACAUCAGUCCCCUUUGAUGAAUUUAUCCCCCCACCCACAUCAUGCUUACUGGGGAUUUGGACAGGGAAAUUUUGCUCCUCCAAUGUACCCAUACGGGGGUGUAGCGGGAUAUUCUGGGUAUAGAAAGUACCAAAGAGGUUCAGGCCGGGGUCAAUCUUCCAAAGGAAAUUGUCUGUUUUGUGGCGCGUCUGGCCAUUACGUUCGUGAUUGCCUAAAAAUGAAAGCGGCGAGGGGAAAGUAAUGAAAUAUUUGAGAAUGUGACAAUUGUGCAACCUUUUUUGUAACAUAGGCUUAAAAAAAAAAAAAA